AUGGGAGGUCUGGGGGCCGGCCACGGUGCAGCAGGCAAACCGCUAGAGGUGGGUCCAGCGGGUGUCCCCGACGUAGGAAGCGUGCUCCUGGAGGCGGACAACGCCAGCGCAGGAAGCGGAGCCAAAUUGGCAAACUGUGGAACGGGCACAGAAACAGGCAGCGGCUGUGACAAACGCUGCCUCAGCGCAGGGGCAGGCAGCGGCUGUGACAAACGCUGCCUCAGCGCAGGGCAAAAGCCCACCCAGCAGUCCCUGGCCUCCUCCCUGUGCAGAGAGUCCCACUGGAAGUGCCUCCUCCUGACGCUGCUCAUGUACGGCUGUUUUGCCACGCUGGCCUGGUGCGCUCUCUGCCGGGUGCCCGUCCUCGGCUCUUCCUCCUCCAUGCCUCUUGGUGGCGCCGACGACGCCACGUCCGCCGCCUACUACAAUGACAUCCUCCACCUGGAGAGCCCGUGCUCCAGCGGCUACGUCUACAUCCCGCUGGCCUUCCUGGCGAUGCUGUACGUGGUUUACCUGGUGGAGUGCUGGCACUGCUUCUCUAAGACGGCCAUGUUGGCUCACGCUGAAUUCCAGGAAGUGUAUGAGCGGGUGCAGAGACUCCAGCAGGCCACUCCAUGUAUUUGGUGGAAGGCCAUCAGCUACCACUACGUGAGGAGGACCAGACAGGUGACCAGAUACCGCAAUGGAGAUGCAUACACCACCACACAGGUCUACCAUGAGCGAGUGAACACUCAUGCCUCCAGUUCAGAGUUUGACUACGCCCGCUACGGCGUCAAAGAUGUGUCAAAAGAGCUGCUGGACCUGGAGCGCCACCCUGCUGUUCGCCUCCGCUUCACCAAGUGUUUCAGCUUCUCCAGUGCCCGAGCUGAAGCUGCUUACCUCACUCAGCGAGCGCGGUUCUUUGGGGAAAACGAAGGGCUGGACGACUACAUGGAGGCCCGGGAGGGAAUGCACCUAAAAAACGUGGAUUUCCGGGAGCACAUCCUGGCCUUCCCAGAUCCGGCCCGUCAGCCGUGGUUCUCUCGCCACCGGGUGUUCUGGUUGGCCUCGGCUUUCCUCCUGUCAUGGCCGCUGCGGGUCGUGUCAGAGUACCGCACGGCGUACGUGCACUACCACGUGGAGAAGCUGUUCGGCGAGGAGGAGGACGGCGGCGGCGGCGGAGUCGUCGUGGGAGGACAGGGUGGAGGCGGGCGAGGCGACGCGGUGGAAGGAGGGACCGAGAACGGAAUCGGGACGGGAUUCGGGCUGAACGGGACCAGCUACAGGGCCAUCUCCCGCGUCAACACGGUGGACAUGACGGAGCUGGAGUGGCACAUCCGCUGCAACCAGCAGAUGGUGCCCAGCUAUUCCGAGGCCCUCCUGAUGGACCUGGAAUCCAGUGGAAGCACAAACCCCACAGCCUCCACGCCCAUCUCCGGACCCCCAGGGGUCACGCCCACCCAAGCCCCCCACCCACCACCCCUGACUCUGCCUGUGGUGUUCAACUCUGCCUACCUCCUGCAGAGCUGCCCCAGGUGCAGGAGAACCACAUCGAGUUCCAGUCUGCCCUCCAGGCUGAGGGCUCCGAUGGGGACCACCGCCCUCCUCAACGCCACCGUCGCCGGGAUCCGGGCGGCGGCUCCGGGCAGCGGAGGCAUCGGAGGAAGGCUGGUGCUCAGUCGCAGCGGGUUCUCUCUGGGGAGACUCGGAGGUGGGCGACAGAACAACUUGUUUCAUUCAAGAAGCAUCGGAGGAGGACUGGGAGGCAGCAGGGAGGACGGAGGAGGGACCGGAGGCGGAGGAAGCAGUGGCGGCGGAGGGAGCGGAGGAUUCUUAGGAAUAGGCUCCAGACAGAACAAUGAGGAGACCAGGGGGGUGCUGGAAGGAGAAGGCGAUGAGGAGGAGGAAGAGGAACAGGUGAGGAGACGGGAAAACGGGGGGAGAGAGAGAGACGAGGAAGCAGAACAGGGAGGAGGAGGAGGAGGAGGAGAAAGUAGGGAGGCUGAGAGAGAUCGACCUCCAUCCUACCAGGACGCCUUCUUCUUCCCCGUCCUCAUCAUCCAUGGAGAGGAGAGCUGCCAUGCUGGCGAUGACAUGUGAGGCAGAAAAAGCAUCAAAAGCAGGACGGUUUGAGCAGGAGCUGAAAGAAAACGCUGCGCACGCGGGAAGGAGCGGGUUCAGACAGAAACAGGCAGAGCAAAGAGAGAAACGUGCUCGGGUCUGAUGCAGGUAGAACCAGAGGUCCGGAAGAGGGAGGAUAAACAGACAAACGGAUUGAGGGGGCGAGCUCACGCAGUGCAUCCCGUCAACCAUAAGUAAACCCACAAGUUCAAGAGAUCAGAGUUGUUCCAGGGUGAAGGCAAGAGAUAAGACCGAGAGCAAGUAAAUCCUUGAAAUUGCAUGCUUUACUGAGAGGAGGUGAGGAUGACGGGAGGCUUAGAAAUGUGUGUUUCCAGAUAUAUCUAUGCAGGAGGUAAAGUGGGGGGGCUAACUGUGCUAAAGAUAGCCACUGAACAAUAGUGAAAGUAUAUUCUCUUUACAAAACAAACAGCGUUAGAGGAACUGGGAGUGGAUAUCUGAGGGGGCUGAAGCAUCGAUUAAACAUUGAUUAUGAUACAGCGAGAUGAGCUAACAAUAUUUAUUAAUUUAUACCACAAAAAGCCAAAGGAGGUAAGAGAAAAAAUCAGAGAGAGUAGAAAACACAAUGCAAGUUAUUAAAUCGCAUGAUUCUGAUUAUUUAGAGCUAAUAAACCAGAUUAUUCCAUUCCAAAUCAUGGAUCAAAUCAUUUUUAUGACUACAAACAGCACCUGACCAGCUCCUCUUACAGUAAUCUGUGCCAAUGAAAGACGAGUUACAUUGAUUUCCUCCUCGUCUCGUCAUGCUGUCUUACUUCACCAUUAACUUCCCGACCACUCAAUCCAUUACUGCUUUGGAGGAGGGCGAUUAAAGAGAACGCCAUAAAAAGUGGAGCAGCCGUUGCCUCUCCAACUCAGUCCCUCUUUGCUCCAGCCAUCUUCUGCCCUUCUGCCAUUUUAUCACCUUUUCUCAUUCACCCCUUUCCUCCUAGAACGUCAUUUUAGGAUGCCUCCAGUUUGGUUUAUUUGAAGAACAUACAUCUUCAGCUCAGGCUUGUAGCCCUCAGUAGUUAUUUUUAUUUCCUUAUCUUAAAUACACAGCCGAGAACGCAGCUGAAAUUCCUCAAAGAUGUAUAAUGUUAUGCAUAACACAAUAACCACCCAAGACGAAAGUAGUGGUGGCACAGUUUUCCACUGGACCGUGGCAUCAUGAUGUCAAGAUUUUUUCAAAAUUUCCUUGCUUUCACUGAACAAUGUACAUUGGAGACCUAGCAGACUGGCACUCUACACAGGCAUUUAAAAGCCCUCUGUGGUGAACUCCAAUCUUACUGUAACUAGACUAUGAAAAAUGGCAUUUUUCUGACCAAAACUGUUAUUCAAGAGAGUUUUAUUCUGACAGCAUUCAGGUAGACAUUAUAAUUUCUGCUAAAGUUCUGAUCCACAUUGUUAGGAAAAAAUGUGAGUGCAGCAGUUUCAACUUGAAAUGUUAUAGUGAGGCAGAACUAAAAAUAGAAAGCCUUUUAUGUCUUAAACCUAAUUUUGGUAAAUUCCCAUUUUCUUUACAUUAGUUCUGUUAUAAUCUGUAGCAUUUUCCCAAAGAUAAAUCUGUAUAAUAUGAACUGAAAACAUCCAGAGAAGUGUCUCUCUUGUUAGCUUAUAUAUCUAAAUACAUGUUUAGGCAUGAAAUAUCCCUCCCUUUUCUAAGUCCAACAUGUUGGACUGCAUGGGAAGCUGUCAAGUUAUGCUGGUGUUGUUGAUUUUAUAAAGAAGAAGAAGAAGAAGAAGAAAUCACUGAGAAUAAUAAAAUAACCCCCCGGUGUUAUACUGUGUAUCAUUCCCAGCCCUGUAGAAACAUGCUUUGGGUAGGUUUAGGGCAAGCUGCUACCUCCUCCUGCUUAUGGAGAAACAAAUCCUUAAUAUUUCCUUAAUGUGAAAUGUGUCAAGACUUUUGCAGGCAUAGAAAUGCAUGGAAACACACGCUUACUACCAAGGUGGCAUAUUAUAGCUAUAAUCUGAAAAAAUAUCAAACAGUAGUGAUCAAUUGGGAUCCAGCGCCAACACAAAGACACAGACGGGAAUCCUGGAGGAUUCUGAGUUUUGUCCUACUUUCUGAGUUUGUUUUCUUGGAAAAUGGACCCAGGAAAGGCCGUCUGCACAGACCGCCAUCUGUGCUUUGUUUGUAUUUACUCUACAAAGCACACUAAACCUGCUAACGUAGCAACAAGAAUUAGUUAGGUAAGCUUAUCCUGACCGUUCCUGCUGCCUCUGCUUACUUUUUACACAUUCAUGAAAAAGCACAUCCAAAAAAAAAAAUUGUGUGAAGAGGACAAACAAAUAAGGGUACUGACUGUUCUCUCAGUGCAACUUUCUGGGAAAGUGGAGCGGAGACCGCUGGCCUGGUUAGAUGUAGGGGACACAUCCUGACACACUUUCCCAUCCGCUGAAUCUGGUUCAUGGAUCUUCUGUAGCCAUAUUGGAAAAAAAGACACAAAAAAAAAAUAAAAACAAUAAAAAAAGCUGAAGUGGGGACAAGGAAGGAAGCUCAGCUCAAGGAGACCGACGGAAAGUUAACAGUAACCAGGACGAGACUUUCUGAGCAACUACAGAGCUGGACAAAACUGAAAAUGUGACGACGUUAAAGGCAGUUAUUUUUACAACAUUAAUCACUGCUUCAGCCUCUGGACUUCUCUGUCUAUCAUAACCAGAAAGGAGCACUAUAAAAAGCACUCAACGCCGCUGCUGCGUUCACUUGUUUAGGACAACGUGUUGCUUUCACUGCUCUGUUCAUCACGUGCAGCUGAAACCUGUAUGUAAUGUACUCUCAACGCAGGAAAACUCACUUCCAUCUGUAAAUUGCUGCUCACACGUCAUCUUCAUAUCUGAGGUCAAGUGAAAACACAAAUGCCUUUGUAAAGUUUUAUUUCUUUUUGUAAAAAUUACUGUUUCGGUCCACUGCUUAUCUGUUCAUUUCUGUGUGUUGAGACAUGUGUUUAGCACUUCUUGCUGAAUAUUUAUACGCAGUUUUAUUAUCUUACGUGUUGCUCCAGAUGUGCCAAGAGGAUUCUUUGCCCAUGAUGUCUUACACAACAUACGCACCAUCAUGCCUGUUUGCAUGCUUAAUCACUGCAGUAAAAUAGCAAAUAUAUCAGCCUUUUUUCUUACCUGAAUGGAAAUAUGGCAACCCUCAACAUGUAAUCACACACACACUCCUCAAGCAUGGCGUUGUGCAGAUGAGGUUGCCUUUAGGUUGCCAACAUCUUUUGCUCAGGUUCUUCAGUUAAUGUAUCCUCUUCUGCAAAUUGAUUGACACGCCAAAGCAAAAAAACAAAGCGUGAGUGCAUACAGAUGUAAACAGGUUGUUUUCAAUAGUCUGGCCUAAGCUGUAGAGUCGAACAUUUAUAAUACAGAAAGAAAACACAUAAAUAGUUAAAUCAUAUAUGUACAGAGAGCACUUAUCAGAUGGCCAGUGUUUCUAACACGCACCGUUUUGUUGUCUUUGUUUAUGUUGUGUAUUUGGCUGCAGUUUGUGUGUAAAUCCAACCAGAAUGUUUUUAACACGUUGUAAUGUCUUUGGCUUAAUUUGAAAGCUGACAUUUUUUGUCCACUAGAGGGCAGCAAAGCCUUAAUGAUUGUGACUGUCAUAAUGUAUUUAGAGAGCACACCAAGGCUGAAAUAGACCAGGAAGGAAACAACAUUGAGACUGAAGUAUGGCUAACAUCUACACUUGUACCUGUCAGUGAUGUCACACCAGGUGUGUUCAGUGGCUGGAAAACCACCGGUCGACUGGGUUGCUAGUGAAGUUUUUGUCCUCUUUACUGAUUUUACCAUUUUUGGUAGCAUUACAUAAAAUUACUUAAUUUUUUUCCUGAUUUAGAGAUUUUCACUGAACAUUUUACCAGAACUAAAUGGAUACUUUCUUGGUACUUACCAGGAUUUACUUUUCUUUUUUUAAAAAUCUUUCUGGACUUUAAGUGGUACUUUGAAGAGAUUACUUGGUACUUUCUAAAACUUCCCUGGACCCCUACCUAAAGUAUCAGCAGGUAUAUUCAGAAAACAACAGGUAAUUUCCUUUAACUUGUUUAUGAGAUAUUUUUUGGAACUUACCAAAGACUUUCCUUUAACUUUCCAGAAAGAGAUUGUUGCAGUCCUUACCAGAAAGUUGGUGGGACUCAAUAAAUACUCUUUGGACUUGCCUGGUAAUAUCUAGAAAGUAUCUUCUGAGUCAUAUAAAAGUUAUAGCAGGGUCUUGUCCCAGAUGCAUUCCAGAAGCUCUGGAAAGUAACAUGUAACUUUUAGAAAGUGACCUGAGUUCAUAACCAAAGCUUAUUUUCCAGAACUUACUCAAUACUUUCCGUCAAUGUGAAAUGCAACAGGUGUGGUAAAAAAAAACAUAAAUAUUACUUUCAGGAACUAACCUGGUACUUUCCUUAACUUUGUCAGGUACUUACCCAGAACCUAGAAGUUACUUUAAAUAACCUGGAUGGUAUUUUCCAUAACUUCAGUAAAGUUUAUUUGUACAACAAGUGGAAAGUUCUGGAAAGUAACACCUGUGAGUCAAGGGAAUAUACGUACUCUAUGUGGUGCUACCUUGUUUUCCUUUAAGUUGUGACUGAAUGUUUUACAAAGCAAUGUAGUUCAUAUCCCUGCUUCUGGCUGGACUUGUAUAUGUUGCUGAACUUAUAAUCACAAGCAAUGGGAGCUUCAAUCACUGGGCUGACAGCACCAUUAGAGAAAGACCGUUUACAUUUUGUGACUGAGCCUCCAUGUUCCACAGCGUAACACACUCAUUGUUUGGCUGUGUUGAUCUAUAUGACACAAAUAAAGUGAUAGAGUGGAAGACA